AUGUACACCCAUUGCAAGUACAGAGAUUAUCAGUACAAAGGAUGGGGGACACACAGUCCCGAUAUCUGUUACCACAGAAGUGAUGUUGAAGACUACAUGAGCAGCAAUGCCCACAAGUUUGCUGAUGAACUCAAGGAGAUGAAGGAAGCUGAAAAGGCUAAAAGUGGUUAUUCGCCACAGAAGAGUUGGGGUACAGAGACGAUGAAGCCGAAGAAGACAAGUGAUGAAAAGAAGAAGGACGAAAAGGAUGAAAAGAACAAGAAGAGGAAGUCCGACAAGUCCAAGGACAAGGACACAAAGAAGAGGAAGCGAGACGAAGAAGAGGAUUUGAUCUAA